UUUAUUUAUUCAUUGAGACCGGCUAUUGUUUAAAUUUCAACAUUCCUUGUUAAAAAAAAAAAAAAAAAAAAAUUGCAUACGCCGUUGGAAGCCUGGAACCGUCUAUUUGUGUAAAAAUUCCUUCCCAAAACAAAUAGUUUCUCCAAUCCAUUUUAUGUGUCGUUCUUAUUAAAAAUAAAUAAUUCAAAAGUUAUCAUUUUAGAAAAGCAUGAUAUAAUUAACUAUUAGCUUCUAUUUUUAUUCUUGCUCAAUAAAAGUGGAGAGCGAUUAAUAUGGUAGAAAAGGGGUCACAUUAAUUGAAACCAAAGAUGAAGAUAAUUCAGCUAAAUUACUAUUUUAGUUAAUAUUUUUGUAAAGGAUAUACGCAAAAAAUAUGACAAGAAAAAUGAACAGAAUCCGAGUACGAGACAGUGACAAAGAAGCUACACUUGGCAGGCUUUGGUCUAUUGGUGCAACGUGACAAUUUUAGAAGCAUGUAGAGCAUGCCACCUGUUUGACAGAAUGAAUAUUCAAUUGAAAAUAGACCCUUAGAAAAGUGAACGAAAGAAAUAUGAAAGAUAAUUAACCAUGGAGGAUAUUCAGUCGGCAACCGUACAACGACAAGACACUCCAGCAAAGUCUAGUUUAACGAAAGGAUGCCUCUAUUUCACGACGUCCUUGCAAGAAUGCUUUCGUUACAUUAAAGCAUUCUUUGUUGGUCAGGGGAAGAAAAUGACAGCAAGAAGUGAAGAGGAAGUGAUACAGGCUGAUAUGGUGAAAGCAUAAAUGGAAGUCGAGGCUACUGAUGCUGCUGAGAAAACCAAGAAGCGACUUGAUAAAUCCAGCUGAUUUUUCUGAUAUGUUUCUUUUUCAUUUUCAAUAGUAUUUGAUUAGGUAAUCCACCCGUCCCAUCCCACUCUAUGUUAUUUGGAGAGUCA